UCCGCUGAUUGGUCCGCCGCCGUCCUGCCCCGAGGUGACGUCAGGCGGAGCGCUUCUGGUGAGGCUGCGGAGUUGAGAUUCAGAGACAGACGGAGAAAGACGCUCCGAGCCGGACGAGCAGGCGGACACAGCAGCUCACUGACUGACAACAUUCAGUAUUGUUUCUGACCGUCACAAUAAGAAGAUGCCACUGGGUGAGGACUGCCAUACCUGGAAAAAGAAGACCACAGAUGUGAAGGAGAAGUAUGACUUCAAAGAGGUCCUGGGAACGGGAGCUUUCUCAGAGGUGGUUUUGGCCGAGGAGAAGAGGACCCAGAAACUGGUGGCCAUCAAGUGUAUCCCCAAGAAGGCAUUAGAGGGCAAAGAAAACAGCAUUGAAAAUGAGAUAGCAGUCCUGCACAAGCUUAAACACACCAACAUUGUGUCCUUGGAAGACAUAUUUGAGAGUAAAUCACACCUCUACCUUGUCAUGCAACUAGUGUCUGGCGGGGAACUCUUCGAUCGUAUCAUUGAGAAAGGCUUCUACACAGAGAAAGAUGCCAGUAAACUCAUUCAGCAGAUUCUGGAUGCUGUCAAAUACCUCCACGACAUGGGCAUCGUGCACCGCGACCUCAAGCCAGAGAAUCUGCUGUACUACAGCAUGGAAGAAGACUCCAAAAUCAUGAUCAGUGACUUCGGUCUGUCUAAAAUUGAAGGUUCUGGCAGUGUGAUGUCGACAGCCUGUGGAACACCUGGAUAUGUUGCCCCUGAAGUCUUGGCUCAGAAGCCCUACAGUAAAGCAGUGGACUGCUGGUCUAUUGGUGUCAUAGCCUAUAUUCUGUUGUGUGGUUACCCUCCCUUCUAUGAUGAGAAUGAUGCCAAACUGUUUGAACAGAUCCUGAAAGCAGAAUAUGAGUUUGAUUCUCCUUACUGGGAUGAUAUUUCUGAUUCAGCUAAAGACUUCAUAGUGCAUCUGAUGGAGAAAGACCCAAACAUACGUUACACCUGUGAGCAGGCUCUGCAGCACCCCUGGAUUGCUGGGGAUACUGCACUGGACAAGAACAUUCAUGAGUCUGUCAGUGCACAGAUCAAGAAGAAUUUUGCAAAGAGCAAGUGGAGGCAAGCGUUCAACGCAACAGCAGUGGUUCGUCACAUGAGGCGUCUCCAGCUGGGAACAGGUCAGGAAGGACCAAGUCCCAACUUGCCAAGUCAGUGCCGAACUCAUCUACUGAUGCCAGAAGAAGAUGCAGAGGCUUGUUGUGAGGGAGGAUGUUCUCAGAACGUCGACGGCGGAGCAGACCCUCUGUCCAACUGCACCUACCGCUGCCACCCAACCAGCAGGGUGUGAUCCUAACCUGCGCCACUUACCUAUCUAAUCAACCCCAAGUCACUCUCUAAUUUUAACCCCCUCGGUGGAACCGGAGGCACUGUCCCCCCUUAUCUGGUUAGGAAUACAGCGUCAUUCCAACCUCUCGCCUGCAGGGGGAGCAAGCCUGUCCAGCCUGAGAAGGAAGACAUACAAUGGUUUGAAAGGUGGAGGAGGGAGACUUGAUGAUAAUGAUGAUGCACCAGAGCAGAUCAUUUUUGGGAUGAGUUAAAUCGGGGGGAAGAGGAUACUACUGAAGGAGGGGAAUCAACUUCCUCCACCAGCGUGUCUGUGGGAUUGUUUUUGCAGAAGCAGGACAGAGCUUGUUGGACACUGUUUUUAUUACUGAGUUAAUGAUUCAGCCUGUCUCUUUGUUUGUUUUAUUGUUUUGUACAUUUUUGUGUUGUCUUUUCAGCCUCCUACUGUUAGACUUUGGAGUGUAAAUCCAGCAAUGAUAUCUGCAUGAUCAGGAGAUAAUUUCCCAAUGCAUGUUUUGUUAUCUUUAAAAUAUAACCUGUUGCAGAAACGCAGCAUCGCAGUUCAGUGAUGGAGUGUCAGAGCGAUGGAGCAAAUUAAGUCAAACCUUGUAAUAUUACAAAUCUGCAUUCUGUCUUGAAGUCAUGCUUUUAGACAAUCAGCAACAGAAUAGUUUAUGCAAUGGAAACUCCAUUUAUCUACUAUGUAGCCUUUGUUGUGGCAAAACAAUGUUUCCAUGCUGAGGUUAGGCUUUUUGAGAGAAAAAGGCUUCUCUUGUCUCUUUUUUUCAACCCUAAACCUCUUCAACCACUCGAACACAGGGAUUUAUCUUUGUCUAAGGUGCCUUUAGGAUAUACUGUAUGAUGGGUUUAUUGUUGAUGGGUAGCUUCUGAAAAAUGUUGUCUUUUUCUGUAGAGUUGUUGCAACACAAAAUCUUUCUGUAACUUCAUAUUUUGUAUGUGUCACAUUAUCAGCUUUAAAAUUAUUUUUUUCCCCUCAAAAUUAACUGUUUUAGACUGGAGUCCUGCACACAAUUUGUAAGAUUUUGUUUUUCAUAAGCUCAAAAUGAAGAAUCUGAUUAAAAAUAUGCAUAAAAAUUACAAUAUGAAAUGAAAAAUUAACAGUAAUGUUAAAACUUGGCUGAGGAGCUUAAAAAUUAUAUUUACAGACACUGACUUUUGUGUGUUUAGCUUUUACUGAGGCUAAACUAAGUAAGAUUACAUAGGUUGUCUGGAUCCAAAAAGAGAAAAAAAAAAAAAACAAAAACCUGCAGCCAAAUUUUUAUAUGCAUCCCGCACCGUCUACUAUACUUGAUUAUAUAUGACUCACUUCAUCUUCACUUGACACCCAUCAGUACUUUUUAUGUGCAUGAGUAUGUGCAUCAUAUUUUUUCAUUCAUUUAGCUCCCUUUAAAAAAUCUGCAUAGACAAACACACAGCACCUGGCUUUUAAAAACAAUCUUAAAAUGUAAAUGUUGGGGAAUUGUGUUCAUUUAUACGAUUUAGAUGCACUGCGUCAGAUGUAGAAGAGCUUAAUGCAAAUUUCUUUGAAUAAUCCAUACUUUAUUCUCCAGGGCCUGUUGCAGCCACUUUCAAAGGCAGUGAAAGUGAAAAUUUUCCACUGAUGUGACCCUGCCCUCUGAUCACUUUGUUCUAGCCUUGUAAUAAUUCCCUUUCAUAUUUACACUGUUCUCGCUGAAGAGUAUAGACAUUUGAUACUGAUUGCUUAUGUUUGCAUGAUGUGGCUUGAAAAUGGUGAAUCUUUUUAAAAUUGUGAUAAUGUUACAGGUGCAAUGAAAUGAGUGCCAGUUAAAGGAAAGGUUUUGUCUUAUGUUUUACUCGUAAUUUAAAAUCCAGUCAUGCAAAGGAGUAAAGAGCAACAAAAUGUGAUAACAUUUCAGCCGGUUAAAGCAAGUUCAAUGUGUUGCUUUGAAAAGUAUUUUUGAGCUUUAUUCUGCAGCUUUGUUGCAUAGGCGUUGUGGUGUAUUUGGACUAUGAUGAUAAAGCCAAACUGUAAUUUUAAAAGAAGAAUGAUAUUUUUUAGAUUAUUUCCUUUAUGAAUUGUUUGUAUGUCAUGAAUUACUGUGACAGAGAAACAGCCAGAGAAGCAGAGGAAAUCUGACACAUGGAGACACUUGUCAUCUCCAGUCUUAUUAAUGUUGACAGAUUCAAUAUUACUGUUGAUCUCCUGCUAAUGAAAACAACUCUGCUAAUUUGAUCCGUUGCCACAAUUGCUAAUGACUGGUUUUGUCUCCUGCACUCUGAUUUAACUCCUGUUCUUUGCCUUCUAAUGUUAUUCAUUUUAUAUUAAGUUGGUUUACAUAAAGCUCUUUCUUCUGUAGAAUCAAUUUGUUUAAAAAAAAAAAUCUUAAUGAAAAAUGGCAAAGCCUAUUAAUGUACAGUAAGAGAAUGGUCUGCUGUAAGGAAAUAACAACAAAAAUACCCCAUCUUGAAUCUUUUUGUUUUGUUCCCUACUAACAAGUUGUUGUGCACAAGCAGAAAAACUUCAGAUUUUUAUAUUUCACUGUAAUGAAACAAGUGAUGCUGACAUGCAUAACCAUAUCCAGUAGCUGACCACUCUGUUAUUUGCUCGGGAAACAAGAAUAAUAUUAAAAUUAUUUAAGAGGAAAACGUCACACUGACCUCACCCUCAGAGGUGCUCACCUAGACGCUUUCAUGAUUGGCCACAGCGUCAGUUAUUAUAAUGCACCUAUGUUUCGUUCAUAGAUUUUACACAGCAUCAAUCUAAAAGAAAGAGAUGAUUUGCGUUAAUGUUUCUCCUCUGAUCGCUUAUGAACCGCUUGUAGAGAAUGAUGGUGUGUGGUAAAGUUUGUUGUACAAAUGAGUAUUUGUACCAUAAAUUUGUUGCCUUUUAAUAAAUACUGUUUUGGGCUACAGUACCGACUGUAUGCACAGAUGGAAUGCAUCGUGGGUUGUUGAAAAGUGACUAUUGCUUAGUGUGGAAGCCAGUGAUUUGUGCUUGGAACACAUUUGUAAGUGAAACAUACAUUAAAAUCCCUGUCUAUGCAUUA